UGUGGAAGCCAGCCAAUGAAAUAAAGGCUUCAUGCAAAGAAAGACAUCUCGGCUUAGACUGCGUUAUCUCCAGUGCUGUUCGCCUUAUCUCUGGAUGCCCGAGUCUCUUGACAUAUAUGGAUAAACCCGUCACCCUGCGGCCUGACAAUACGGUCCCAAAAUAAUCUGAGGGAGCACAGCUGAGCCCCGCUCGGCGCCGCACGCUGCUCCGCCGCCGCCGCGCUGUGUGGAAACACUGCCGUGACAUCUAUCAUCAGUAAUGACGAAAUUCAGCUAUUCUGAAUACUUAUCUCAGUUCCGUAAUGCUGGAGGUAAAUGUAAUAAUGCUUUGCCGCGACUGAGAGGAGAUAGGAGGAGAAGAGACAGUCAGAGCGACGUCACGUCAGAGCCGGAGGAUGUUGACCCAGUGGUGUUUGCAAUCAGGAGAGGGGAUGUGAAGGCUGUUAAUGAUCUGGCAACAUCCGCUCCUCACAGCCUGCUGAAGGAGAACAAAGAUGGGUGGAUAUCUUUGCAUGAUGCUGCCUUCUGUGGACAAUCAGAGUGCUUGAAGACCCUACUGAGGGCCCAUCCAGGUUCAGUAGACAAACGCACCUUGCAGGAGCAGACGGCCUUGCUGCUUGCUGUGUCUUGUGAACACUUGUCAUGUGUGCGGUGCCUUCUGGAGGCAGGUGCCGACCCCGACAUCAGCAGCAAGAACAAAGAAACUCCUUUGUACAAAGCCUGUGAGUUGGAGAAUGUGGAUAUGGUGAGCCUCAUUCUGUCCUAUGGAGCCACUGUGAACCAGCGGUGUGGUCAGGGUUGGACAGCCCUCCAUGAGGCUGUAUCCAGGAACAACACAGAGAUCUGUGAGAUACUUAUAAGAGCCGGGGCCUCAAUCAAUCCACCUAAUACCUACAGCAUCACACCACUCAUUGUAGCAGCUCAGCGAGGACAGAUGAGGGCACUGUGUUACCUUAUUGGGAAAGGUGCAGAUGUGAACAUGCAGACAUGUGAUGGUGUCACAGCGCUGCAUGAGGCUAGUAAAAAUGGCCACAAGGAAAGCGUAUCAGUGCUGUUGACUCAAAACACUGAUGCCAACAAACCCACUAACUCAGGACUGCUGCCGCUGCAUGUUGCUGCCCAAUAUGGACACCAUGAGAUUGUGUCCCUGCUUGUCUCAGUGACAAGUCGAGCCAGGCUCCGCCACAGUUGUAUCAGCCCCCUCCACCUGGCAGCAGAGCACAACAGACACACUGUGGCAGCUGUGCUGCUGAAGGCAGGUGCAAAUGUAAACACCACACUGGCCCACAGUCAUUCCAUCCAGUAUGCUGAUGGACGUACAACAGCCCUCUACUUUGCUAUUGCCAACGGCAGCACAGAGACAGCAGAGGUGUUACUGAAUGCCGGCGCUAGUCUAAGCCUGGACCCAGUCAGUCCUCUACUGAUGGCUGUACGGCAGGGCUGUGUCAGCACUGUGUCCUUACUGCUGGAGAGAGGGGCCGAUGUCAACGCCAGAAUCCCGUCUAAUGCCACUACGUUCCCUGCUGUUCUUGCACUUUGUAUGAAUAAUCUGCCUCUACUCAAGUGCCUUUUGGACAAUGGCUGCGAUGCCCUCUCCUGUUUUACCUGUACACACGGCAGUGGCCCUCACCCAGCAUCAAGAGGAUCCACUAUAAGAACUGGCAGUAAUGGCUAUGUUUUGCAGAAUGACAAUAUGCUUUCUUUAAACUGCAGUGAGGCACCAGAAAGGGCAACACAGUUCUGUGAGUGGAUCUCAACAUCAGUUGUGUGUAAAUGGGCAGGACCGAUCAUAGACCUGCUGCUGGAGCAUGUUGGUCAUGUUCAGCUGUGCAGCAAACUCACUGAACUACUGGACAGCCGGGAAGAAUGGUUCACUGUUAAGAGGAAGUCAUCGUCACCUCGUCCACUGCUACACCUUUGCAGAUUAAGGAUUCGGACCCAAAUGGGGAGACACAGACUGAAGUCUCUCACAAGCCUACCUCUGCCAGACAGACUGAUCAGAUACCUGAGCCUGGCUGACUGACUUUAAGAUGAUCGUCACGCAAAAUAUAGGCAUCAGAGAUGUAACUCUUUUUGUGUUGUUUUUUUUUUUUUGUUGCAUCUAAUGUCUUGAAUCUGUAAAUGCUCCUCU